UUUUGUUACGGCCCUAGCAGGGCCUCAUCCUGAAGGUGCCUGUGUGGGUGUGUCCUACAAUCUCCCAUCUGCCUGAGGUGCCACCUUCUUUCUUUUGUGCAGCUGACUCUCGUCAGUAAUUAAGAGUAUUUAAGCACAGGGAAAGGUGAGCUCUGGGCCAGAGUGCCAUGUGAGUGGUUACAGCUAGUGAGCUGAGUGUUUUUGCCGUGGUUGCAGCUAGUGAGCUGUGUUUUGUGGUUUGCGGUUUGCAGCUAGUGAGCUGCGUGUCUGUGUUUGCAGCUGGUGAGCUGCUCUCUCUUUUUGACUUACUUUGUACUUUAUUGACCAACGCUUGAGUUUUGUUUGUUUCUUUAAAUGGUGAUAGCGGCUUGUCCGUCUCUUUUAGUUAGUUUUAAUACAAACUUUAAUAAAGCUAUUUACUUUAACCAUUUUGCCUUCUUGUCUCCUUUUUCUGACCCGGACACUUUUUGUUACUUCCCCUCACCGCCUAGACCCCUCAGGGGAACGUAACAAGUGGGGGCUCGUCCGGGUUUGUUGAAAAGGGCGUUUUGAGUUGGAAUUGGUUUUUGAUUAUCUUGUUUUUUCUACCUUUAGAGAUUCACAACUUCCCCAACUACCCAGUUAAGUUAGGUGAGUGUCCAGCUGAGCUUAUUGAGUUCUUCCUUCGGGCACUCUUUUGGUGUUUUGCCUUUCUUAUUUUCGGAGUAAUCCUGGGUGGGGAUAAGUUCCCUGUUGGGGGUAGGCAAUUCAGGGCUCCGGUCGCUGAAGUUCUGCCUUUCAAGUUGUCUCGAGCCCAGCGCACUCCAGAAGAUAGGUAGGUAUAGUUUGGUAUGCUUAGGAACUGGGUAAGUUGUAUUUGUUAACGUGUGUGCAGAAAGAGGUAAGUUGGUCAGGUAAAGUAAGUUGUGUAGUUCUCCAUUAAUUGAUUUAUUGUUCGGUAGUCUCCGAGUGAGUUGGCAGAGGGGUGUGGUGGUGUCCUAAUUUGCUGUUUGCUGAGCCUUCUCCGCCCCCAAAAUGGAUGACACAGCUAUUAGUGCACAGGUGUCUAGAGGCUCGUUUGUGAGCAAUAACAUCCACCUGGUUCCAGUUUCCUGUGAGUCCAGUGUUCAUAGCUUCUUUAUUGCAUUUGAACGCAUAGCGACUGCACUGCAAUGGCCUCAAGACAUGUGGUGUGUGAUGUUACUAUGUAAAUUGACGGGUAAGGCUCAGGAGGUUUGUUCUGGUUUGUCUAUGGAGGACUGCUUAGUUUAUGAAAAGCUUAAAAGUGCUGUCCUCCAAGCCUAUGAACUCAUACCCGAAGCCUAUAGGCAGCAUUUUCGAGGUCUAGAAGUGACACGGGGUCAAUCUUACCUUGACUUUGCACGAGAGAAGAAAAAGCUUUUCGAUAGGUGGUGCUCUGCAAGCCAUGCUAAUGAUCUGAGUUCGUUAUGUGAGCUAAUUCUUGUGGAGGAUUUUAGAAACUCUAUUCCUGAGUCUAUAGCUUGUUAUUUAAGUGAACAGAGGGUUUCCACUUUACAGCAGGCUGCCAUACUGGCAGAUGAGUUUACCCUAACUCAUAAAACAAAUGCUGUAGAAUGUGAUCUCCCUUCUCACUAUAAUACAUCUUGGCGAGCUAGGAGGGAGCCAGCUAACAAGGCUGAAAAAGUUGUGGUUUUCAGACCCAAAACAAAGCUGUGUUUCUUCUGCCACAAACCUGGACAUCUUGUUGCUAACUGUUUGAGGCUGAAACUCAAACAGAAAGCACACUCAAAGCAAAAAGGGCCUGCUUUGAGAAAAGUCAGUCAGGGUUCCCAAACUGACAAGGUUGUCAGGCCCAGCAAAAGACCACACUUGGGGCUCAGUUGCUUAAGGGGCUCCUGUGGUCAGUGUAAGGGGUCAACUAGCCCCGAGCUGCUGCUGUUUGCUGUUUUUGCUGUUUGCUGUUUUCUGACCCGGACACUUUUUGUUACUUCCCCUCACCGCCUAGACCCCUCAGGGGAACGUAACAAUUUGUCUGAUUUGUUGAAGCCCCAUGUCCCCAUUCGUGCGCUUCGGUGAGCUGAGCAACUGUUGCUUUCUGUCCCUAAGUCACGGCUGAAACUUAGAGGAGACCAAGCGUUCUCUGUUGCGGCUCCGAUGCUUUGGAAUAGCCUUCCUCUCCAUAUUAGACAGGCUACAUCAGUGUUUUUAAGUCCAGAUUAAAAACCUAUUUUUAUUCCCUAGCUUUUAACUCUGUGGGUAACUGACAUUUUUAUUAAUUUUAUUGCUAUGUCUAGUUUUUGCCAUUUUAUUCCUAUGUUUAUAUUUUUAUUGUACCGCACUUUGGUCUACCAGGUGUGUUUUUAAAGUGCUAUUUAAAUAAACGAUGAUGAUGAUGAUGAUGAGGGAGCACGUCUAUGACACCAUCAGGAAGGACACCAGGCUGCAUCACAUGAAUGUGAACCUGGUGGCCAUUAUUAUUUUGGAUCUGACAUUUACUCACUUAAUAACCACAGCUGGGAGAACACUGGGGGCUGGUACCUCAUUUCCUGUGGCACGUGAGGUUUUUAAAUACCAAAGACGACGACUCAUGUCUGUGAUGCAACAUUCUGCCCUUCUCUGUGCCCAGCUGACCUGGCGAGUAGAAAGCCCUGUAGCAUCAUGUUUAGCCUAAGCUAACACAAGAUAUACGUAACUGUACAACAAACACAAGCUGUCUGUAAUAUAGAUCUCCCUAACGUCCAAGCUCCAACCGACUGUCACAAUUGGUCAGUCAUGAAAUGAACUACUGCUGCAGAACUGCUAAUUCAAAUGUGUACAGUACAUGAAUCUUUACAGUAAGAAAAUGUGGAUUUAACAAAAUGUUUCAUUUAAUUUAAUCAGUUUUAUUUUUAUUUUUUUUAUCAGCUAUAGUGUUUAAAAUAAAUGAAUAGCACCUACGUAAGGGCCUGUGAGGGAGUACAACACCAGAACCAUAAGAG